CAGGGCUGGGAGUAUAUUGUAGGGCCAAGCCAUAGUUUUUCCCUGGCUUUCCAUUUUUUUCCUCUCUUUCCUUUUUUCCUAAUUUCCCCACUCCCUCCUUGGUCCAAGUUCUUGCCUGCAGGAAGGUACAGUUUACCUUUAGUUCUCAAACUUCAGCGGGCAUCCGAAUUCCCUGGAGGGUCUGUGAAAACACAGAUUGCUGGGCCCCACUCCCAGAGAUUCUAAGUGUGCGUGUGUGUUUGUGCAGAGGGAUGGUGGACGAAGGCGCUGAGAUUUUGUAUUUCUAACAGGCUCCCAGGUAAUGCUUGGGAAGAACUGUUUCUUCUUGGACAGGCACACUUACAAGGCAACGGGAUCUUGAGCUCCACCUUGAAGGAUGUGAGCUGGGAAAGUUUCAGCUCACAGAGAUUUACAGUCACUUGAGAAAUGGCCCACUUCCUCCAAGGUGUUUCUUGGAUGCCCCAAACGGAUGAAAACAAGAAGCGACCGUGGGCGAGGAGGAGGAGCUGGCCGUCCUCCUCGGUUGGGCAGCCCGUCGGAGCUCACCAGCGAGGCGAGGGCGGGAAGACAGCCCCCAGGCCGGCCCACGGAUCCUCAGAAGGCGCGGACCUGGAGGAGGCGCCCUAGAAGGCGACGCCUCUUGCCUCUCGCCUCUCGAAGGAAGUUUGCUCUUAAUUUCAGAGCCGGGUUCGCCGUCGGCUCAACUCCAGGAGCAAGCAGCGGGCGCGGACCAGAGCAGCCAGUCCCCUGGGCGCGGGCCGGGCAGUUGCCGAGCUCAGCAGCGGCGGCUCGCGGCCAUGGGCGGCUCAGCCUCCAGCCAGCUGGACGAGGGCAAGUGCGCUUACAUCCGAGAUGAUCUGUUGAAAGACUUGAGCUGUUUGAUAUGUAGAGUUGUCCACAGUCUGGAGUUUUCUCAUGGUGCAGUUCCAUGCAUUUCUCCUGUACUUUCUACAAAUUGACGGAGAUGGUGAGACUUGGGAAAACUGAGGCUGCCAUCAAAAACUUCAGUCCCUACUACAGUCGUCAGUACUCUGUGGCUUUCUGCAAUCAUGUGCGCAGUGAAGUAGAACAGCAAAGAGAUUUAACGUCACAGUUUUUGAAGACCAAGCCACCAUUGACGCCUGGAACUAUUUUGUAUGAAGCAGAGCUAUCACAAUUUUCUGAAGACAUAAAGAAGUGGAAGGAGAGAUAUGUUGUAGUUAAAAAUGAUUAUGCGGUGGAGAGCUAUGAGAAUAAAGAGGCCUAUCAGAGAGGAGCUGCUCCUAAAAGCCGAAUUCUUCCAGCUGGUGGCAAGGUGUUAACCUCAGAAGAUGAAUAUAAUCUGUUGUCUGAUAGGCAUUUCCCAGACCCUCUUGCCUCCAGUGAGAAGGAAAACGCUCAGCCCUUCGUGGUCCUGCCCAAGGAAUUCCCAGUGUACCUGUGGCAACCCUUCCUCAGACACGGCUACUUCUGCUUCCACGAGGCUGCUGACCAGAAGAGGUUUAGUGCCCUCCUGAGUGACUGCAUCAGACAUCUCAAUCAUGAUUACAUGAAGCAGAUGACAUUUGAAGCCCAAGCCUUUUUAGAAGCUGUGCAAUUCUUCCGACAGGAGAAAGGUCACUAUGGUUCCUGGGAAAUGAUCACUGGGGAUGAAAUCCAGAUCCUGAGUAACCUGGUGAUGGAGGAGCUGCUGCCCACUCUUCAGACAGACCUGCUGCCUAAGAUGAAGGGGAAGAAGAAUGACAGAAAGAGGACAUGGCUUGGUCUCCUCGAGGAGGCCUACACCCUGGUUCAGAAUCAAGUUUCGGAAGGAUUAAGUGCUUUGAAGGAGGAAUGCAGAGCUCUGACAAAGGGCCUGGAAGGAACGAUCCGUUCCGACAUGGAUCAGAUUGUGAACUCAAAGAACUAUUUAAUUGGAAAGAUCAAAGCGAUGGUGGCCCAGCCGGCGGAGAAAAGCUGUGUGGAGAGUGUGCAGCCAUUCCUGGCGUCCAUCCUGGAGGAGCUCAUGGGACCAGUGAGCUCGGGAUUCAGUGAAGUACGUGCACUCUUUGAGAAAGAGGUGGAUGAACUCAGCCAGAACUUCAAGAAUACCAAAGACAGUGUCCAGCUGAAGGAGCAUCUAGACCGGCUUAUGAAUCUUCCACUGCAUUCCGUGAAGAUGGAACCUUGUUAUACUAAAGUCAACCUGCUUCACGAGCGCCUGCAGGAUCUCAAGAGCCGCUUCAGAUUCCCCCACGUCGAUCUGGUGGUUCAGAGGACACAGAACUACAUGCAGGAGCUAAUGGAGAAUGCAGUGUUCACUUUUGAGCAGUUGCUUUCCCCACAUCUCCAAGGAGAGACCUCCAAAACUGCAGUUGCUAUUGAGAAGGUUAAGCUCCGAGUCUUAAAGCAAUACGAUUAUGACAGCAGCACCAUCCGAAAGAAGAUAUUUCAAGAGGCACUAGUUCAAAUCACACUUCCCACCGUGCAGAAGGCAUUGGCGUCCACAUGCAAACCAGAGCUUCAGAAAUAUGAGCAGUUCAUCUUUGCAGAUCAUACCAAUAUGAUUCACGUUGAAAAUGUCUAUGAGGAGAUUUUACAUCAGAUCCUGCUUGAUGAAACUCUGAAAGUGAUAAAGGAAGCCGCUAUCCUGAAGAAACACAACUUAUUUGAAGAUAACAUGGCCUUGCCCAGUGAAAGUGUGUCCAGCUUAACAGAUCUAAAGCCCCUCACAGGGUCAAACCAGGCCAGCCCUGCCAGGAGAGCUUCUGCCAUUCUGCCAGGAGUUCCGGGUAGUGAGACCCUCAGUAACGAAGUAUUCCAGGAGUCGGAGGAAGAGAAGCAGCCUGAGGUCCCUAGCUCAUUGGCCAAAGGAGAAAGCCUUUCUCUCCCUGGGCCAAGCCUACCCCCAGAUGGGACUGAGCAAGUGAUUAUUUCAAGAGUGGAUGACCUCGUGGUGAGUCCUGUGGCAGCAGAGGACACGGCAGGACUCCCGGGUACACGUUCAUCAGAGCUGGAGCUUGGAGGGACCCUUGAGGGUGAAGAACCCGCCCAGGAAGAGCCAGAACCCAUCGCUGCCUUAGGUUCUUUGAAGGAGCUCAGAAAGUUGCUGACAGCAUCCAUGGAAGUACCAGUGGACUCUGCUCCAGUGAUAGAAGAAGAUAAGAAUGGGGAGAGUCACCUUCCCCAAGAAAAUGAAGAAGAAGAGGAAAAAGAGCCCAGUCAGGCAGCUACCACCCAUCCGGAUAACUGUGAAGAAAGUGAAGUCAGUGAGAGGGAGGCCCAACCUCCCUGUCCCGAGGCCCAUGGGGAGGAGUUGGGGGGAUUUUCAGAGGUAGGCAGCCCAGCCUCUCCGCGAGCCAGUGGAGGCCUCACCGAGGAGCCCCUGGGGCCCGUGGAGGGGGAGCUCCCAGGAGAGGCCUGCACACUCGCUGCCCAUGAAGGAAGCAAGUGCACCGAGGACGGGGAGGCCUCACAGCAAGAGGGCUGCACUUUAGGUUCUGACCCCGCCUGCCUCAGUGAGAGCCAGGUUUCUGAGGAACAGGAAGAGAUGGGAGGGCAAAGCAGCGCGGCCCAGGUCACAGCCAGUGUGAAUGCAGAGGAGAUCAAGGUAGCCCAUGUUCAUGAGUGUCAGUGGGUGGUGGAGGAUGCUCCAAACCCAGAUGUCCUGCUGUCACACAAAGAUGAUGUGAAGGAGGGAGAAGGUGCUCAGGAGAGUUCCCCAGAGCUGCCCUCAGAGGAGUGAAAGGGACAAUUUGGCUAAAGUCUUUCUCUGAACAAAGCCAAAGGGUUAUAGGGGUACACUUAGGGGUUGCAUGUAAGCUGUUACCAAAAAAUGUUUAAGUAUAUUCUGAAUUUGAAUAAUAAAACCAGAGGAAAUGCACACAGGGCAUGAGCAACUGAGGCAAACCUUUGUGGAAAUGAAUUGUUCUACCAUGAAUUUUUGCUUUAGUAUUUUAAUAAGAAUUACAAAGGCAAUGGCGUACUUGGGGUGAGAGGGAGCUGAGGAUGUCUGAGGAGGGAAUAGUAUUGCAGGGAAGACAGACGAGAAAACAGUAGGAUGACAGUUUUGAAUAUAUUCUUUACCUUUCAGUGGUGCAAUCUUCUUAUGCACUUUAAGGCUUUUUAAUUUUGUUUGAGAAUGCAAAUGUAUACUAUAAGUCUAGCUUUACUAUCUACUAUGCCUACUUCACCAUCUCUUAAGGACUCAGCAUUUGUCCACAGUCAGGCUGCAAGAGAGGGUAGGUCAUGAACAGUCACCCUCGCUGGCUGUAGCUCCACAGAGGCAAUCACGCCCAAUAGAUUCAGAAGAAGCUAAGCGGAAAUGGAGGGCGGAAGGUGUGAUCUGUGGGACUAUCUGGGCCUGUUACUCUUCCUGCUAUCGAUUUCUUAUUAAUUAAUCUUGAUGAUUCUUAUUAAUUAAUCACAUUUUCAGGAAAUUCAGAUGAGGCAAGAAAACUUUAUUGGCCUGGGUAAGCCUGAAAGCAUUCCAAAUUAGGCUUAGACUGUGCAAAGGGCUUAGCUAAGUUAUCGAGCUUAAAGCCCAUCAAUUAAACAAACAUUAUUUGAACAGUUACUGCAUGCCACGCACUGUGUUGGGCUUAGUAAUAAAAAAAAAAAAAAGAUAAGGUGCUCAUUCUAGCAUAAAUUAAAAGGUCCAAGGGAAUUUAAUCAGGAAGAAAACAUAUGCCAAUUUUCAAACUAUGGCAGCGUUUUUUUUUCUCUUUCCAUUGAAACAGUCCUAGUUCAUUCCCAGAAGGGCACAAGAUGAAUGAAUAAAUAAAGACAAAGGCCAAGAUGUAUGCCCUCAAGUUCCAAAGAUGUUACCAAAAGCUGAAAUCAUUAGUUUGGUCAUUCAGCAAGCUAAUUGAGUCUCUGUUAUAUACCAAGCACUGGGGAUACCAUGUUGAAAAAGAACUUUGUUCCUUCCUCUUAGAACUUACAUUUUAAUGGAAAUAGACAAAACACAUCUUCUUAACGGAUGGUGACCUCUAACCAUUAAUGUUGAAAGUGGAAGAGACUUACUUCCAAAAGAUUAAAAGGAGUUGUUCUUUUCUCCUU